AGAAAAAGGUUUUAAGUGGGGGAGAAACCACUACUCCCAGGACGCGCGUCGCCGGGGAUCGCCGGAGCUAGGGUUCCGACCGUCCGUCCGAUGGCGGUAGCCCUCCCGCCGGCCUUCCCUCCGCACGGCCUCCCCCAGCCGGACGCUUCUGCCGGGGACAUGGGCCCGCGCCUCCUGCAGGUGCGCGGGCUCCGCCGGCUGCCGCUCCACGAGCUCGUCCCCCGCCUCGCCGAGCUCCGCGCCGACGAGGCCGGCCCCGUGCGCAAGGUCGUCAUCGAGAUGAUUGGUGAGAUUGGGUCAAAGCACAUGGUGUAUAUACCCGACAUGAUGCCCAGCCUGCUGGAUCUUUUGAAUGAUGAGACGCCGGCGGUCGCAAGACAGGCUGUUAAAACAGGAACAGACUUAUUUGCCAAAGUACUGCAAGAGCUCGUUAUCCAGGGUUUGUUCUCAAGUGGUGGGAUUGACGAUUCACUCAAAUCGUCAUGGGAAUGGAUGCUCAAGCUUAAAUCAGCGGUGUCGCUCAUGGCAUUCCAGCCUACCAGCAAUGAAGGAGUCAGGUUGCUGGCUGUUAAGUUUGUUGAGAAAACAGUUCUUAUGCACACCCCGGAUCCUAAUAUCACAUCUGAUCCACCAACCCAAGCUACAGAAGAUAUGGGAUUCAAUAUAGCAUGGUUAAGGGGAGGUCACCCUCUGCUUAAUGUUGGUGACCUAGCCAUGGAAGCCAGCCAGAGCCUGGGACUGUUGCUAGAACAACUUAAGUCUCCUAAAAUAAGAUUACUCAGCACUUCGAUGAUCAUUGUCUUCGUUACUAGUCUCUCGGCUAUUGCUCAAAGAAGGCCUUCCUUUUAUGGACGCAUACUGCCAGUUUUACUUUCUUUGGACCCAGCAAAUACCAUUAUCAAAGUGCAAGUUCCAGGUGCAUUCCAUGCUUUGAAGAGUGCCAUUGAUGCAUGCCUGAAAUGUACACAUUCAAGUGCUGAGCCGUGGCGAGCUCGUCUAUUGGAAGCUCAAAAUAUUAUAAACCAGGGAGAUUCAAUAGCUGCAAAUGAUUCAAAUGCUGGUAGGAGUGCUGGAGACACGUCCAACAGGGCCGAGUCGUUGCCUCUGACAGAAACAAGCACUGACAACAGUAACAAGCGGAGUCUGGCUGAUGACAUGAAUAAUAUUCUAGAAGAUGAUGGUCAUUCCAGUAAAAGGGUCAAACAAUCACAUGAUUCUCAGGAACAUAGUGAAGAGGCAAACAAGAGAAAUACUGAAGCAGCCUCUGUUGAUUCAUCAUCCAAUCAACCCACCCUUGCAAGAACUGAGAAUUCUGAAGCUGUAUAUCAAUUAAUUGGUAUGUUUGCUGCAUUAGCUGCGCAAGGCGACAGAGCUGCUGGAUCACUACAAAUCCUGUCAUCCAGUAUCGCUGCUGACUUAUUAGCAGAGGUUGUAAUGGUUAACAUGCAACACCUGCCAGUUUCUGGUCCUGAAGUAGAUCAACGACAACAUCCUUCAACUAGCCAGUCCUCUGUUGCUCCUAGUCGGAAUAUUCUUUCAGGUCGCUUUCCUAUGUUAGAGGCUCUGUGGAAGACAAUAAGUGAAACUGAUCAAGCUGAAGCACCUCCAGCUAAGGAUACUGCUCUGGUGACAUCUGCUGCUGGUGAGAUCAUACCAGUUCUUGCCAGUUCUCCUGUUCCUUCUGCAUUAAAAACACCGAAGGAGGAGGACAUUAGUUCAGCAGUUCCACUAGAUAUAGAAACAGUAGAGGCUAAAGUGCCCACUGCAGAUGCCACUGGAUUAUCGAUGGAGAUUCAGGAAUCAUCAGAAACUUCCCAUGCUUCUACAGAACCUCAGGGAACCCAAGAACAUUCUGGCAGUUUUGUUACUCCUUUGCCAGCUGACAAUUCUUCAGUUGGUAUCAGUUUGGCUCAAUGUUCAGAAACUCGCAGUCCAAGCUCCUCUACUAUUGACGGAAGCCAGUCACAGUUUUCAUCUUUGAAUGCCCCUACUUCACAGUAUGUUCUUCCAAAAUUGGUUGUGACUAAUGUCGAUCUGACCGAUGAGGCUAAAGAUCUCCUUCAAAAAGAAGCAUUUCUGCGUAUUCUUGAGAGAGAUAAGCAAGUAGAGUCUGGUGGUUCGAAAGCUCGUCUUCCGUUGCUUUCUCACCUGAGUGUUGAGUUUCCUUUGGAGUUGGACCCGUGGGAGCUUCUCAAAAAGCAUGUACUAUCUGACUAUGUAAAUAAGGAGGGACACGAGUUGACACUGGGCAUCCUGAACAGGUUAUAUCGUGAGGCAGAACAGGAUCAGGACUUCCUUUCAUCUAGAACUGCAACAUCAGUUUAUGAAUCAUUUGUUCUGACAAUAGCUGAAAAUCUUCGUGAUAUGUUUCCGGCUUCAGAUAGAUCACUUGGCAAAUUGCUUUGUGAGAUGCCAUACCUACCAGAAGGUGUAUUAAAACUGCUAGAGGGUUUAUGUUCUCCUGGAAAUAAUGAGAAGCAGGACAAGGAUCUUCAGAGUGGUGACAGGGUAACUCAAGGUCUAAGUGCUGUCUGGAACCUUAUCAUGUUAAGACCUCCAAACCGGGACAGAUGUCUGGACAUUGCUUUGCAGAGUUCAAUCAAUCGUAUAGAUGAGGUCCGCAUGAAGGCAAUACGUUUGGUAGCAAAUAAACUAUUUCCAAUGGCAAGCAUUUCCAAAAGGAUUGAAGAUUUUGCAAAUGAAAAACUUAAUUCAGUCCUGGAAGUGAUUCCAGCAGCUGAAUCUGCAUCAGCUGCUGAAAUGGGCACACCCGAGGUUCACCAGGAUGGUGGUUUAGAAAAUGUAUCCUCGGUAGCAGAUGCUCUAACUUUGAUGUCGCUGUAUUUUGCUCUGUGUACCAAGAAGCACUCCCUUCUCCGGCGUGUAUUUGAAAUAUAUGGCAGUCUUCCACAGGCUGCCAAACAGGCAGUUCACAGACAAGUACCCAUUCUGAUUCGCACGAUACGUUCCUCUCCUGAACUUCUUGGUAUCAUCUCAGAUCCACCAGCUGACUGUCGGGACCUACUCAUGCAGGUUUUACAGACUCUCACUGAUGUAGCAGUGCCCUCUCAAGAUCUGAUUUCUUCCAUAAAGAACUUAUAUUCAAAAACUAAGGAUACUGAGUUCCUUUUCCCAGUCAUGGCUCAUCUGCCAAAAGAUGAGAUUCUGUCUGUGUUUCCCAAUAUUGUUAAUCUUCCGGUGGAUAAGUUUCAAGUUGCCCUUUCUCGAAUCCUGCAGGGAUCACCACAACAUGGCCCUAUUCUUGACCCAUCAGAAAUUUUGAUUGCGAUUCAUGUAAUAGAUCCUGAAAAAGAAGGAAUACCACUGAAAAAGGUCAUGGAUGCAUGUGCUGCCUGCUUUGAGCAAAGGACAACAUUCACUCAGCAAGUUUUGGCAAAAGCACUAAACCAACUGGUUGAACAGAUUCCCCUACCUUUGCUGUUCAUGCGAACUGUUAUGCAAGCGAUAAGUGCAUUUCCUGCCUUGGUGGAUUUUGUGAUGGAGAUCAUGUCACGCCUUGUUAGCAAGCAGAUAUGGAAAUAUCCGAAGUUAUGGGUAGGAUUCCUGAAGUGUGCUAUCCUGACAAAGCCUCAGUCCUAUGGUGUGUUACUGCAGUUACCAGCUCCACAACUCGAAAACGCCCUGAAUAAGAACCCUGUACUGAAGGCGCCCUUGGUCGAGCAUGCCAGCCAGCCAAACGUGCGAUCGACUCUCCCAAGGUCUAGCUUGGUGGUUCUGGGCCUCGCUGAAGAUCAACAGCAGCAGCCAGCACCCGAGGCGCAGAGCAGCCAGAACCAGGCCGCGGAGACCAGCAGCUCGGCCGCAGAGGCCACGACGGAAGUGACCCAGGAAUCCUCCGCCGCCAGUUGACAUUUCCCCUGCAGCGCCUGGCCUUUUCUGUAUUUGCUGCAACAGAAUGGAGGCAUUUGGCAGGCGACGAAGCGCUAUCCGCAUUAGCAGUACUGGGAAAGAUGGCAUGGAAAGACCAUGUGGCGAAGCAAUGUUUAGCUGCUGCGCGACUUGUAUAAAACAUUUAUUACACUAAAAAAAUUGAAAAUAGUUGUAGGAGAAAGUUGUUGUUAGCCUUGUUGUCUAUCUGUUUUGGGUAGCCUGUAUUCCAGUCCACUAAAGUGGUAUGUAGAACAUUAAACAAGGUUUGUUGUCAAAAUAAGUUCUGAAUUUGUGUACUAUCUUGUUCUAUUAAGCUGUUCAUAAUAUCGGUGCGUUUGAGCUCGA